GGAGGUAGGGGUGGGGGAGGAGAUGACUGUAGAGAUCGGGGUAUGAGUGGGGGGAGUGGAGAGGGAGAACAAAGGAGAGAUGGAGAGAGAGACAGAGGGAGAGACAGAGAGAGCGAUGGACAGGGAGACAGAGGGAGAGACGGAGAGAGCGAUGGACAGGGAGACAGAGGGAGAGACAGAGAGAGCGAUGGACAGGGAGACAGAGGGAGAGACGGAGAGAGCGAUGGACAGGGAGACAGAGGGAGAGACAGAGAGAGCGAUGGACAGGGAGACAGAGGGAGAGACAGAGAGAGCGAUGGACAGGGAGACAGAGGGAGAGACAGAGAGAGCGAUGGACAGGGAGACAGAGGGAGAGACAGAGAGAGCGAUGGACAGGGAGACAGAGGGAGAGACAGAGAGAGCGAUGGACAGGGAGACAGAGGGAGAGACAGAGAGAGCGAUGGACAGGGAGACAGAGGGAGAGACAGAGAGAGCGAUGGACAGGGAGACAGAGGGAGAGACAGAGAGAGCGAUGGACAGGGAGACAGAGGGAGAGACGGAGGCAGAGACAGAGGGAGAGACAGAGAGAGCGAUGGACAGGGAGACAGAGACGGAGGGAGUAGAGAGAGAGACUGGGGUAAGGGUGGGGGUCGUACAGUGCGUAUGGCAGCCUUGGAGAUGUUGCUAGGUGUGUUGUCAGGGCUAGCCUCUCUGUGUACUGGGUUCUAUAUUCAGACAGCAGGGUUCACCUGGCCGUUCAUCACAGCAGCCGUACUACACCUGAUCAACCUGGUAUACACAGCGUGGGUACUGCAGGAGACUGUGGAGAGACCCUCGCACACAGACUCAUCUUCAUCACCAUCAUCAUCACCGACACCUUUUGGGGCGGGCUCAGCACGCUUUCUCCAACGAGAAGCCCUGAUUGGUCGGUUUCAGGGUGUGUAUCUGUUAUUCAUCGCGUCACCAAGGAGGAGGAAAACUGUCCUGGGACUGAUACUGGCGGCCUUUGCUUUCUAUACGGUGUCUAAGCUGGGUGGUAUGUCCAUCUUCAUCCUGUAUGAGCUGAAUGCGCCUCUGUGUUGGAGUGAGGUGUUGGUUGGCUAUGGUUCAGCCUUGUCUACACUCAUCUACCUGGGGAGCUUUGCAGGGGUGUCCCUGCUGUCGCGGUGUCUUCGAGACGGGUAUAUAGUACUGCUGGGACUGCUGUCUGUCGCUGCAGGGCUACUGAUGGCUGCCUUCGCCAAGAGCACGAUGCUCAUGUUCCUAGUGCGGCUGCCUCUCCUUCUCUCCAUCAUGCCUGCUCCUGUUCUGAGGUCCAUGAUGUCCAAGAUAGUACUCCGCUCUGAACAAGGUGCAGUGUUUGCCUGUGUUGCGUUCGUGGAGAUGCUGAGUAUAGGUGUUGGGAUCACCGUGUUCAGCAGUACCUACGCCUCCACUGUCUCCUGGUUCCCUGGAUUCAGCUUCCUGCUGGCCUCAGCCAUCGCACUCAUACCGGCUGUUCUGAUUGGGGUGGUAAUGUGUCUGCGACUGGACAAGGAUGAAGAGGCCAGUCGACUAACAGCUGAUGAUGACGAGGAGGAGACAGAGAGCUGUGGACAGUCACUACAGCUACCACACUGAGCUACCACACUGAGCUACCACACUGUGUGAGCUACCACACUGUGUGAUUUACCACACUGAGCUACCACACUGAGCUACCACACUGUGCGAGCUACCACACUGAGCUACCACACUGAGCUACCACACUGAGUGAUUUACCACACUGAGCUA